AUGGGGGAAAUCCAUGAAGAAUUGCCUGAUUAUGUCAUGUUCUUCUCGCCUAUUUUGUGCGAGGAAGACCCUGGAGAGGAGGAAGGGCACCAUGAGAGAGACAGUGAGGGAGGUGACACUCAUGAAGGGAAGGGAGACAGCGGUGGGAACAAUGAGGGUGAGCAUCAUGAUGGAGACGGUGAUGGAGAGGAAGACAAGGGUGCAGCCAGGGAUGGACCUGGGACCAAAUACAGAAAGGAAAAGGAAGCAGAGGAAAAGCCUGGAGAGGAGGAUGGGGACCAUGAGAGCCACACUCAUGAAGGGGAUGGAGACAGCGGUGGGGACAGUGAGCAUGAGCCUCAUGAUGGAGAUGGUGAUGGAGAGGAAGACAAGGGUGCAGCCAGUGAGGGACCAGGUACCCAACACAGCAAGGGAAAGGACUGGCAGGAAGGAAAAGCAAGCAGUGUCGGGCUGGAUGCUUUGGAGGUGGAGGAGGAGGAAGGACCAUAUCAGUCCCCACUUCAGGAAAACAAGGGAAAGGGUGACCUUGAGGACAACUCUGAUGGAGAUGAAAGUGAUGAGGACAGCAGUCAGGAAACUGGAGAUGAUGACCACCAUGAAGUCGAUGGUGAUGGCAACAGUGAUGAGGGAAAAGAGAGCCGUGCCAAGCAUGAUGCAGCAAGAGAGAAAGGGCAACAUCAGGGCAAGAACUUUGCUCCGGAGGAGAUCUGCCCCAAGGGAGGAGAAGGCAGGGCCUUGCAACCACAGAGGAGCCAGCUGGAGAUGGGAGACCCACAGCCAGGCGGCAAAGGAGGAAAUAUGGACUGUGGUGAAGGUGGUCAAGAUCAUGGUAAGGAUGGAGAUGGAAGCAAACACAGUGAUGGUGACCACAAUGUAGGGAAAGAUGAUGCCAGGUGGGAUGCCCUGAGGGAAGAGGUGAACGAAGCCACCCAGCAUGAGAGCGACAGUGAGGGAGGUGGCAGUCAUGAAGGGGAUGGAGAAAGUGGUGGGAGCAGUGGUGGUGAGCAUCAUGAUGGAGAUGAGGAUCAGGAGGGCAGUUUCUGGGAGGACAGUGAUGAAGAGGAAGAGAAUGGUGACAGGUGUGAUACUCUGUUGAAAGAGACGAACAAACUGGAGCGGGAGAUGGAGGCACUGCAGGACCCCUCGCAAAAGACGGUGGACAUGUGGAGGAAGGAGGCAGAAGAUCUGAGGAGUGAGUACCAUGACAUCUGUUUUGACAUGGCAACAGCUGUAAACAAGAUAGUGAUUGAGUUGUGGUCAGCCCUAUGGCUUAAUACAUUGCGGGCAGUGACUGCCCUUCGGGAAACCUUGAGCCAAUUUUCGCCAGUGGAGGCAGCUGCUUUGAAAGUGGAGUUUGAUUCCUUAAAGGGCUUCGUGGAUGUUGCCUGGAGCCAAGACACAUUAGCGAAGCUGUCCCAUCUUUUUACCUUAGUGUAUGCUCUACAGGGCCUCCCUCUGCCGAAGAAGGGCCUUCCACAUGGUGAUCCACUGAAGGAAGGGGGUUACAUCAUGCUGGAAAUAGAUGCCUGGCGCUCUGUGCUACUGGAGCAGAGUUGGGAGAAGACAGAUGCCCUGCAGGUGAAGGUGGACGCGGUGCAGGGUAUCUCUCCGGAGCAGGCAGGUGAAUUGAAGGUGAAGAUGGGCGCUCUUCAGAAACACAUGGAUCUUCUGUGGAAAGCCCCCCUGAAGGAGAUGAUGGCCUUGCUGUCAAUGACAUAUGAGCCAUACCGUAUAUGGUCCUCACGCCCCACAAAAAAAGGGAACACCAUAUGGAAGAAAGCAUGUGAUCUUGCCCUUCCCCUCAAGGUUCACCUGAAGGAUGUCCCACGGGAAGAACGGCAUCUUCUGUGGGGGGAGGCGACUUCCCUGGAGGCCAUCCUUCAUGAUAUCCCAGUGGAGAAACUGGUGGUGCUGGAAGAGAAAGUGAAUGCAUGUAUUAGGAAGGUGGAGGAUAUGUUGCAGAAUUACCUAUGGAAGUCCUCGGAGGUUUCCUCUCAUAGAGAGCUGGACAAGGUGCAGGAAGAGCUGGAUGAACUACAAAAAGACCUAGAUUUCAUGCAGAGACAUCCACAUUUGAAAUAUCGGGAAAUCAAGAUGGCUGCCCUGCAUAGGAAGAUGGCUGCCCUGCAGAAGGAGAUGAAUGCCCUGCACAAGGCGGAUGCCUCCCUUGAGGUGGAUGAUGGAGAGAUAAGUGCAGGUGGAUGUUCUGGCAGAGCUGGAAACCUCAAUGAUUCUGUGCCACCUUUUAUAUCGUAUUCGUGUACUGGAUCGAGGAAUACCUGGCACAGGGAAGUCACUCCAGAGGAGCGCAGCUUAUUAGUACAAAAUUUUGCAAAAACCAUCUCUCCUGAUAAUGACUCAGAAGCAGCAAAGAAGAUCCUGGAGGCUUAUGCCAGGCAAAUAGAAGAGGAGGUAUACAAUUUGGCUGACAGUAAGAUGGAAUAUCACCAUUUAAUGGCAGAGAAGCUUAAUGCGAUGAAUAGGAAGCUAGAUGACACCUUGAGGUCUCCUUCAUCUAACCACGGCAUCAGAAGGAACGAGCAGCCACCUUUACAGGGCCCUUGGAUUCAGCCUCCUGGUGUCACAUCAGUGGCAACAACCACAGGGAGAGUCCAGCCUCCAGAACUGCCCAGCUGUGUUCCCAGUGCUGCAGCUCAGAAGAGACCUCCUUCCGAACUUGAGGCGGCAGACUAUCCAAGCAAAGCCCUUCAAAUACAAGAGCCCACCAGUCUAAAGAGACCUCAGAGACGGGACCCACCACAGCCAGAAGAGGUGACGUGUGUGGAGAGUUCUGGGGAGAGUCUUGCUGGCUGUGAAUCAGCGCUGCAAGGAGAGGAUUCAGAACCUCCCCGUAAAAAACAGAAGGUGAAUCCUGCCAGUGGGACCCAAGAGCCUUCUUUGACUUGGGAACUGUUUGCUGUUCUCCAAAAGCAUGUUGCCCUUACUAUAAACCAAAAUAUGGAGAAAGUGAGCGAUGUAGUGAGCAGGUUGCAUGGCACUGCCUUAAAGGAUACAGAAGAAGCAAAAGCCCUGAUGGCUGCUUUGGAAAAAGCUCAGGCACUUUCGAAGUCCUUCUUUGAGGAUGCCUGAUAUAAAUCUGGGGUGUUGAAUGGGUUUGGGGGUAGGGUUGUAUACCUAAGAAAGAAAUCUAGAGACAUGAAAUUAGGAAAGGAAUUUGUCUCUACUAAUACUGUCCAGCAUGACCCUUGUAUGCACUGGGGAUAUGUUCAAAAACCCCAGUGUAGAUUCCUAAAACGGUGGAUAAAAAGAAACGCUAUUUGUUUUGGCCAUGAACACACCAUAGAAUUGCACGAAGAGGACCUAGAGAAGCCCACAAACUGUUCUGCAUAUACUGUUCUGUUUUAAAAUCUUGACUAUAUUAAAUGAUCUCAGGGAUGCCAUUCUUAGGAAAAGAAUCCUCCCUGGAGCUCAGGAGAGAAUGGGUGCUGGUCAGAAUUGAGAGCACUGGGCUACGUUGACCAAACAUUAUAAAGCCAGUUCAGCUUAGCCUUUUGCUUAUUCAUUGCAAAAACAGUUUUUCUGUGUCUUCAAGAGUUGGAUGUAAUAACUGCUUUUUAUACGUUUGUAUCUUCCAAUCCAUUAUUCCUUAAUGGAAUCAAUGAUAUUUCAUAAAAAAAAGAAACUUUGUCUUGCUUUGACCAAGUCAUUAAUGGAUUCAAAGUUUAUUUUCUCAAGUGGAAAGUCCCAGGUAAUAUUUUAUCAGAUACGUGGCAUGCACCCAUCUUUUGGGGGUGAGGGCAUUGCCCGCAUAGGUUCAGGGAGACAAUCUCAUUCCUUUGUUGUCAUCUUUGCAUUUGUAUUUUGUUCAUUCAGGCUGUCUCUCAUUCGGGAAAAAGUUCAUCAAAAUUAACCCGAAAUUGCUCAUUUUAAAAUAUUCUCCUAUUGGAGUUCACUUACAGGAUUUUUACUGAAGAUACUCAAGCAAUACUGCUAUGUAAUAAUGUUUUCUAAUUACUUUUAUGCUACUUUUGUAUAUCUUUUAGAGAAAUUUUUAACAGAGGUUUAUAAGAUAUAAUCUAUUCUUGUUUAAAAAAAAAAUACAGAAAAGUACACGUUUAGUAUCUCGUAGGGUGGCUGAGACAGUGACUCCUUUGCUUUCCAUUUAUACAACUUUUAUUCCAUGCGGAAUUUUUUUUAAAGUUGUAUAAAAUCACUUCCAGGCCAUGUGCAUAAGAUGUAUAUGGAAGAUAAAUUCAUUUUAGGUUUGGUCUUGGAUCAAUCUUCAAAGUUUUUCAUGAUGCAUAUAUGGGUAUUCCAACAUUUGGGCGAAAAUCCACAAUCCAAAACACAUUCAGUCCUAAACAUUUCGGUUAACAAAUACUGAACCUACAAUGAAUAAGAUAAUGAUUAUUUUAAAUGACAUGUUUUAGCACUCUGGAUGAAUAGUUGAAGUUAAUUUCUUUUUAAAAGGAACUGCUUACUUCAUAUGUAUUUAUAUCCUCUUGUUUUCUCAGAAAAGGGAAGUCUUCUCCAUCAUGUGCCUUAGUUGGGUGAUGAAAUAAAUGCCAACAAUGCUGUGAA